AUGGAGGAUUGGAUAAAGCGAUGCCAGAUACAACGAGCUUCAGGUGCAUGUAUGUCAGAAGCAGCAGCAACACUCAUCCAGCAUGCAGCAGCAGCAAAGAGCAGCCAGACUACAUUACCAUCCUUUCAGGAAGCCAAGGCAGCAGUCAUCGUCUUCGUGGUGGUGGUGGUGGUGAUGGUGAUGGUGGUCGUCAUGGUGGUGAUGGUGGCCGUGAUGGUGAUGUCCAUCGCGCGGCGGCGGGUACCCGUAGGGCUGCUGGCCGUUGUUAAAGUAGCCCUGGUACCCCGGAGGCGGCGGCUGCUGCGGCGGCGGGUAGAAAGGCCCCUGCGGUGGAGCCUGCGGCGGCGGGUACGGCUGCGCCUUGCCUGGUGGAGGAUAGGACUCCGGGACCUUCUGGUAGCUCAUGGCGCUGUCGUCGCCUCGCCGUGCCCUCCGAUCGACGAACUGGGCGCUAGCGUUGUUGGAGGAUGAUGUUCUAGUUGGCGGAGGAAAGCGGGCCGCGGACACGCUCGCGUGAUCUUGUACGAUUCGGAUAUAGUCGCGAUGAAGUUUAUUUACCAAAAA